UCGGCAGACAUGACGGAGAGUUUGAAGACACAAUUUGAUUUCCAGAGCCCUGUCAUACAAGCCCAGACAGUGAGAACUCUUGUAGCUGCUGUGCUAAAGGAAAAGGGCCAAAAUGGGCAAAUUACCGGGUCCUCCACACAGGGUCCAGCGCUGGAGGCUUUGUGGCAGCAGUGCUGCAGCGACUGCGCUCCGAUGCGUUCAACCUGUUGCGAUGCCAUGGUGCUGCUGGUGGAUCAGGCCCACGCAGACCUGCACUACGUCCUCAACAGCGUCCUCAACCUCCUGCCCUCUGCAAGAAAUGUCCAGGGGCUGAUAAAGGUGAUUGGACGGCUGCUACAGACACAGGCAGACCAGAGGGACCGAGAAACACACUUUACCUGUCCUUAUUCUAUCAGGAGCAGCCCCCACCCAUACAUCACAGCCCUGGAGAACCGGCCGGACUGCUGGCCCGCUCUGCUGCUGGAGAUUGAUGACUUCAUUCAGCAGGCUGCUGACAGGAAUGAACCAGCCUACAUCACCAUGCUGGCUCCCUUCCUGCGCUACCUGUACUGUGAACCUCAGAGGCAACCCCAGCUCGCCCUCCUACGACACAGUCUCCUCAGGGUGCUGCUGCCCAAACACCCAGGAGCAGGGUCAGACGUCCAGAGCAAGGACCAGGAGGAGACAUCGCCGGUGUUGGACAGCCUGCUGCAAUGUCUCUGCCAGCUGGUGCCACACAUGCAGGUGGACAGUGUGGAGGCCGUGCUGGAGCUACGUGGAUUCAUGGACACUCUGCUUCAGGGUCUGGUCGGGGCCUCCGAGGAGCGAUGGAGGACUGAGAGAGUCGGGCUGAUGCUGCAGCUGCUUUGCGCCUGUCAGCGCUGCCUAAAGUUAAGCGGAGACUGCAGACCGCUCCUCAGCUUAAUGCAGCAGCUCUUGCCUGCCUGCCAACAGGAGCUGCCAUUGGACGAGCUGCUGAUGGGCGUGGCCUUGCUCCUGCUUGAGGCUCCUGCAGCUCAGCAGACCAGCCUGCUCAGUUUAGCUUUGAGUUUAGUCCCAGAGCAGGCUGAGCUUUGUCCCUGGUUGAGUCCAGUCCUGGUUCUUCCUGUGCUGCAGCUCCUGUCCUGUUCAGGUCUCACUGAGCCGCUGUCUGACCAGAGGACACACAACCAGAACCACAACCUGGCCCACAGCCUGCUACGCUGCAUCAGCAGACACACGGAUAAACCCAGCCAGUCUGGCGUACCGUUGGCCCUGCCUCUCACUUCCUGGUACAGUGAGCUCAGCGUGGCUCUGUCCGUACUCCGCAAAGUGGCGGGCGAUCGCGCGGCGGCCGCCGAUUGGUUGCUGUCGGUCCGCUCGGCCCUGUCGUCCAGCCAGCGCCUGCCCUCCACCCUCGUCCUCGUCGUGACCCAUCUCAUCAUCACGGGUCGAGAAGACGUCUGCCAGCUGGCUCUGAACGCGGGUCAGGCCGUGGCUGCGGCCGACCCCUGCCAGGUCCCUUCCCUCCUUCCUGUUCUGUUGUUCAAGCUGGGGAAGGAAAAGAAUCCAGAUCUGGCUCAUGCUGUGCUCAACUGCCUGCCAAACCUCGGGACUCAUAAGCUCUGUGUCCCCAUGGUGCUGCAGACUCUCCACAUGCUGGCCAGCACCCCCAAGCUGAAAGCAGUGGCAAUGCGCCUGAUGACUGCUCUGUGGAAGAAACAGGACCGAGUUUACCCCGAGCUGCAGCGUCUGCUGGGUCAGAAGGACAGCAGGGUGGUGGUGGGGAGGGACGCCCAGUGGGAGCAGAUUCUGGCCAGGGCCGCCUGCCUCAGGGACAUCUGCAGAGAGAGGCCUUACCAGCAUGGAGGUGACAUGUUGGCAGCCAUUACACUCACUCUGAACCAGUGCACUAAACCAGACCUGGCAAGCCCUGCUGCUCUCGCCCUGCAAGGAUUACAAGAGCUGUGUCGGGCAGAGGUAGUGGACAUCGUGUCAACAUGGAGAAGUCUUGGGCCCGGGCUCAGCUGUGACUCCCGUCCACUGAUGGUCAAAGCUAUAGCUGAGCUUCUGGCUCUGGUUCCCACACUCACUGUCACAUCAGAGGAGUACCAGAAACUAAAAGAGGAGGUGGUCAGCUUCCUCUGGAAUUAUGCUGUGAGCAAGGAUCCAGAGGUGGCCAGCUGUGGCUACAGGGCUUUGGCAGAUUUUCCUGAAGUGGUCCACAAAAUAACUCUGCUUCCUGAAGCUGCCAGGCCGGCUAUAAAGCUUCCUGAACAGGAGGAGGAUGAAGACGCGCAGGAGAAAGAGGAAGAGGAGAAGGAUCUCUCCGUCCCUGGUUCAUCAUAUGUGAAGCUGCUGGCUCUCACAUCUUUACCAGUUCUACAAGCUUUCGAGCUCUUCCUGACAUCACUGGUGAAGCAGGAGAUGAGCAAGAUGCCACGGGGGGUGUACUUCUCUGCCCUGAGGGGGGGAAACCUGCGUUCAGACCAGGGUAAAACAGUGGCAGGAAUCCCAUCAUUCAUGCUGAAGACCUACGAGAAAAACAAGCAGCCUGGGCUGAAGCCUGGACUAGCAGCUGGACUGCUGCUCUGUUACGAGCUUCCCGUGCAGACGGACCGCGACGGCAAACCGAUCGAUCGCUUCCUCGUCAGCCGCAGCCGCAGCUACCAGCAGAAUCUGACAGCGCUCAUCCAUGAAGUGAACAUUCAGCCAUCCGAAUGGCACCGUGCUCUCCUGCUGCCUCAGGCCUGGAGGGGUUUCAUGAGCCGAGCUUUCCAUGCUGCCCUACAGGGUCGACGUGCUGAUCUGGAAAUGCAGCAGAAACAAGGCAAAGAGAACCCACAGGAGCUGCAGUACAAACAGCACUGUGCCUGGUUGUGGGCCAGAGAUCAGCUGACAGAUGUCAUCAAAGCUGCCACAAAGGACAGUCCUGUUGUUCAGGGAAACUCCAUCCUGGCUCUGAGUGGCCUGGCUGCUGCCCUCGCCAAAUAUGAGAGCAACCUGCCUGCUGAUAAUGACGGCAGCCUCGGGGCUGGACCAGAGUUUGUACCUACAGCCAGCUGGUUGGCCAUGGUGCUGGACACCCUGCUCAGCAUCAUCAGCAGCAGCUACAAGGCCAGGGGACAAGUUUUCCCAUGGUUCCUACAUCGCUCCUACUCAGGUGAGAACACAGCCAGUGCCAUCGCUCGCUCCUGUGCCAGCCUGGCUCUGUCCCUGCUGGUCCCCGUCCUGGUGGUGUGGCAACGGGACGGCCUGGUUCAGGUCCUGUCGGCGCUGAAGGCCGGUCUACCGGGCUCUCCCACCGCGGACGACUCCCAGGCCGUCCAGUUCCACUCCGGCCUGGCGCUGGGCAUGGUGCUGUCCAGCCUGCACCACCAGCGGCUCAGUGACGUCUCUGCUCAGAAGGAUGCUGAUCUGCUCCUCAGCUCUCUGGACGCUCUGGAAAAAUGCUCCUUCAACCCAGAUCUGGAAUACAAUACUGGCUGUAUGUUGGGUCUGGGUUUGGUGCUGGCGGCUCUCUGCAGCAGUGGACAGGUGGAACAACACGUCCACGUCACCCAAACUCUGGACAAACUGCUGACUAACCUGCAGGACAGCAGCGGGCAGGGACGCAUGAUGCAGGAGGUCCUGGCGUACUCUGUGGCGUGUGUGGGCGUCUCAGCCUUCAGCGGAGGCAUCGUAGACGCCGCGAAGGCCGAAGAGGUCAUGAACACUCUGCGCACCCUGACGGAGGAGAGCCAGCAGACCCCAGGCUUCUCCCUGGCUCUGGGGUUGGCGGUCCACGGCCUGUCAAUGUCCGGCCACGGGAAAGCAGAGGACAUCCACCCUCGUCUGCUGGCCGCUUGGAUCAAGAUCUUACUAGCAGAGGGUUGUCCCACUAUGCAGCGACUGGCUGCUGCCAACGGUCUGGUGGCUUCAGUAGGAUCUGAGAGUUACAUUAUUCAGCUGAAGAGCGAGAUGGAGCUUUCCUCCCAGCAGCAGAGCAGGAUUAAUGAAGUUAUUCGUGCCAUCACACAGAUCAUAACGUUCUCAGGAGCCAUUGGCUUGCAGUCCAACAGCGCCUGUUUGGUGGGUCAUUUGCAUUUGGCUCACAUGUCCACCAGUCACAGUCACACAGCAGUUCCUCAGGAUUUCAGUUACCUGCCAGAGAACAGUGUCAUCAGGUCAGUCGUUGACUUCAUCACAGAGGCUGGGAAGAAAGGUCCAGACUUUGCUCAUCCAGCUCUGGUUAAGACUGCGCUGACACCUCUAUCAUCAGUUGGAGCCAGCUUCCAGUACCCACCUAUCAACUGGAGCGCUGUCCUGUCUCCUCUGAUGAGGCUGAGCUUUGGAGAGGAUGUACAGCAUCAGUGUGUGGUGCUGGCAGCGAGUCAAGCUCAGUCUUCUCAGAGUGCCUCUCUCUUCCUGGGGUCCUGGCUGUCACCGCCUCUCGUGCACAGUCUCAGUUAUCAGACUCGGGCUCACCUCUAUGAGAGUCUGGGCCUGUGGAUGAAGCAUGUAGCUGAGGACAAGCUCCAGGUCUACGUGGAGAGUCUUGGCCUACAGCAGUUCCAAGAGGACCUUCGUCCCCAGCGCCUGUCCCUGUGCCGCUCCCUGCUGCAGGGUCUCGCUCAGGCCAUGGCUCUGCCGAACCCCCCCAACAACUGCUGGACCAUCCUCUGCUCCGCCACCGAGAAGAUCUUCACCCUCCUGCCCAACCAAAUACAGGAUAGUGAGGUGGAUUUGUACGUAGGAAUCACCAAAUGUCUGUCUGAGAUGUCUGACACAGAGAUCGACCGAAUCGCUCAAGUCACAGAGGCUCAGAUGGAGAAAACCUGCUUCGUCCUGGCUUACCUGACCUCCCAGGGCAGAGUUCCCCUUCUGGGUCUCAAUGACGUCAUCGCCGGCGUGCUUCGCGGUUGGCCACGCCACAGAGUGGGCUGGCUCCUCCUGCAGACUUUCUACCAGUGCCGACUGGCUGCCAGCGCCAAUACAGGCGUUUCCAAACGAAUGGAGUGGCUGCUAGAGCUGAUGGGGCUCAUCCGAAAUGUCGCCUACGGCGCGACCGCAGUCGCGUGUGGAGACACCAAACUGGCCACAGACUUCCUGUUCCACGUUUUCGCCGCCGCUGUGGUUUCUUGGGGUGACCACUUCAUGCCGCUCCUCCUCGGCAUCAGGGCCCAGUGGUUCCCGUGGCAACCCGACUCCAAGCCCCCAGCCCUACAGCACAGCCUGUACGGCGAAGAGCCGAUCGCAGACGACGCCCAGUCGCCGUGCAUGCUGGGAAUGUCCCACAGCCUGGCUCUUCUGCUGGAUAAAGAGCCGUGGAGCAGCCAGGCACACAAGUUCAUAGACUGGCUUCUCAGUAUCACAGAAGCUCCUGAACAGAAUGUGUCAACCACGAGUGUCAACACAGCCAGAGCUGCUCUGUUGGCCCUGAGGUCCUCCGCUGAGCUCCAGAAGAAAGCUGUGUGGACCAGAGCGUAUGGCUGGUAGCCCAGAGGAGCGGCAGCAUGCUGUUACCACGGUAACACACACAGAGAGGGUCCUCAUGAUGAAAAACACAAGCUUCAACUUUCCUGCCUGUUUUAGUUGGACAUGAGCUGUAUUUCAGUCAACAAGAAUGUCUGUUAAAACUAUAUAUUCCCAUUAAAAGUGCAUCAGCAAACACAGGAUCAAUGGUGGCUUCUUCAGUUAAAUACACUAAUGACAUCAAACUCACUGAAUUUAAAAAAAAAUAGUCAAUUUCAAAUGGGAAAAUCCAUGUGGUCUUUUUUUUAAUAAAAUAUAAGCUUCAGAAGUUC